CCUCACCUUAUAUAUACAUAAAUAUAUAUAAAUUGUAUUCUAUAUACUUUUGUAUCUCUCACUCUCUGUAUAUAUAUAUAAUAAAAUUCAUUUUCUGUAUCUAUACAUUCUUCAUUCUCUGUAUAUCUAUUUCCAUUUCAAUUCUCAACAAACACAAUGACUGAUGCUGUUCAUCCACGUACUGAUUCCGAUCACAUUCCACCACCUCCCGCCGCCGUCAAACCACCACCGCCGUCUUCCGACCACAAGCCGCUUCUACCGCAAGGCACCUACGUCAUCCAGAUUCCUAAAGAUCAGAUCUACCGCAUUCCACCACCGGAAAACAGUAAGAAAAUCCAAAAACUGGCUAACAGAAAACCUCGCCGGAGCUGCUGCUGCCGGUGCUUUUGUUACACUAUCGCCGCUGCGUUUAUCGUUCUUCUCCUUCUCGCCAUCGCCGCUGCCGUUGUGUACUUCGUUUACCGGCCGGAAAAGCUAAAGUAUUCGAUCGAUAACAUCUCCAUCACCGGCGUAAAUCUGACGUCAUCGACGCCGUUAUCGCCGCGAAUGACUGUCGGAAUUCGAUACGAAAAUCCUAACGAUAAGAUAACGGUGUUCUAUUUAAAUAAAGGAAGUUCCAUUAAUGUGUAUUACGGCGAUGUUAAUUUAUGUAACGGGAAGUUAACGGCGUUUCAUCAAAAGACUAAUAAUGUGACCGUCAUUCAAUCCGUCUUGAAAGGUUCCGAGAUUGUAUUGGCGCGUGAUGUUCACUCGCGGUUGGUGAAACAAGAAAAGGGAAGGAAUGUGCCGUUAAAAGUUAACGUGAAAGCGCCGAUUAAAGUUAAAGUUGGUGGUUUUAAGACAUGGGACAUAACGGUUACUGUUAAGUGUGACGUUUCCGUUGACCGUUUAUCACAGAAGUCAAAGAUUAUUUCUAAAAGAUGUGGUUAUAGAGUGAAGCUAUGGUAAAAAGUGAAAAAUUCGAGUUAGUUUUGGUAAAUUUUUUGAUUGUAAAGAGAGAUGAAAAAAUAUAUUAUCUAUAAUUGCACACAAAUAUUCUUUUA